GCUGUCAGCAAAAAGAGAGAUUCUGUAGAUUCGACCCGGGAACUGCAGAAUUUAAGUGUCUUGAUCCUUGUCUGGAGGGGAUGAGGAGUGUACAGUUGCUAUGCAGCUACAGUUCUGGGCCGCAGUAAGAUCUCUGCUAAUGCUGGGGUUUUGCAGAAAUUCUGCACCCUGUGUUAUUGUUGGUAAUAUCUACGGUGUAGUGCAGGGAUCUCAAACUCAGAUCACCACAAGGGCCACAUGGGCCCUAGUAUAUUGGCCCGAGGGCCACGUCACUGAAACCUUUACGUACAGCGGUACGAAAGUAUAGUCAAAAAUGAAAAAAACGAAGAGUAAUAGCGUAUGCUAUUAAAAGUCAAAUUAACUUUUUUAAAACUAAUGCGAAGAGGGGCUUUAAUAAAAUAUAAACACUCAGUAAUGCACCUCAGUCAAAUGACAAAACAUGCAUUUACUUUUAGAAUUACUUCAGUUAAAGCCCCCCUCUGCCUCCGGCCCUGCCUCCACUCCAUCCCCUCAUGAGGCCCCGCCCCUGCCCUGCCCCCAUUCCAACCCCUUCCCCAAAUCCCCACCCCAGCCCCACCUCUUCUCCAUCUUCUCCCCUAAGGCUUGUCCCCGCUCCUUCACCCUCCUCCCCCCCCCCCCCCCCCGAAAGUCCUCAGCGCUGGGAGGUAGGCGGAGGAGCGGGUGCCUGUGUUUGGCCACGUGUUUGAGACCCCUAGUGCAGUGCAUGGAUAAACAGUCAGUACGCGGGGAGGAAAGUUGCUCUUGUGGUUGAGGCAGCGAACUGGAAUUCUGCAGAUGUGGGUUUAAUCCUUUUUUCUGCUGGGAACUUCUGGUGUGACCGUGGGCAUGUCACUUUGAGCCUGCUUUUCAGAAUUACUGAGCAGCCAUCGCUCUUAUUGAGUUCAGUAGGAACUUGAGGUGUUGAGCACCUCGGAAGAUCAAGCCUUUAAUCUCUGGCCAACAUCUUCAAAGGUAUUUAAGCUAACUGCCAUUGAUUUCAAUGGGAGUUCGACACCUCAACACCUUUAGGGAUCUUAGCCUCCAUGCCUCUGUGCCCCACUACUAAAAUGGGCAUAAAACUUCCCUAGCUUACAGGGUGAUGUGAAGGUUAACUAAUGUUUGUAAGGCACUCUGAUGGGGACCGGGGCCAUGUGAAUAAAGUGUGGCUGAGGCAGGGAGGGGGUUUGAUCCCUCUAAGUUUGCGGAAGAGGAACUGCAAAGAGCGGAAUCUGUGGUGUUUUUAAUAAAUGGACUUAAGUUAGGGCCAUCUGUUACGAAUAUUGUGUUUUGGCAGCAAGGUGGUGGGAAGAUCAAUAAAGAAACUAAAUACAAAACCGGGAGGAGGAGGAGGAAGAACUUCCACUGUGAAGCUCUAGCAAUGAAUCACCUCUAGUGCUAGUCCUGAAAAUCUUUAGCAGUUACCUGCAAAAGUGUUUUUUUACUAAUAGAUGUAGCUCCUUGAGGCCGGUAUUAUCUGAUGAGUUUUGUGAACACCAGCAGUUGACACUGGCCAAACUCCUUACUUAUAAAUACAACCAACUGGUGUUAGAACUAAAAUGUAGGGUUGUCCUUUUGUAAUGAGUACUGAGUCAGGUGAUUCCUGUGACCGCUGAACAUGGGCCCUGAUUCUGCAUGGUGGGGCUCUGUCCUAGCUGAGGAGGGUGCUUCUCCAGACCGAAGUCCCCUCUUGUUUGUGAUCGCUUUAUCUUGUGCUCCUUGCCCCUUAUCCAAGUCUACCUCCCUGAUUGAAUUGGCUGCCUCCCCCAUUGGUAAAUAUCAGCGCUGGCUGUACAGGAGGUCUGAAGUCCACUUUCCAGUCCGGUGCAGUAAAAUCCGAUCCCAGUUUGGAGACCGCCACUCUUGGAGAUGUAUGUUUCUCCUGGUUUGGCUGUUCACCUUUUCUGACUUGCCUGUUUUUAACCUCAUGCUGGAUGUUUUGUCACCUUGGUUUUAAGAGUUUCACUCAGCAGGGGAGCCGCACAGGGACAGCUCCUCCCUCUCCUUCCUUCCCGCCACCCUCCUCCCCUGCACACACACUGUGGUUCAUUACCUUUACAUGCCCAUAGCUUUUGCACUGCUCCCAUCUGUGCACAGGAUAAAAACGGUGGCUGCUGCCUUAUGCUCGAAGAAUGAUCAAACACAAGCUUUCUGCAGCCAAUGGGACGUGCCCGAAGGUAGCUCUUGUACCGUUUAUCUGCUCCUGAUGUUGGUCCCACCCUUCAGCAGGAAUCCGGCUGGAUAAGCUGAGGCAAUGUCCAUAUGAAAGCUUCAGUCACUGGUGUAAUUACCCGGGUGCAGACCCCCUAGUGCAUGUAGAUGUGUUGCACCACACAGGUUACCCCCACUGUGGCGCUAAUCCAGCUAUCCCCUAAUGCAGACAAGGCCUCAUGAGGAAAGGGAGUGUUAACCCCUGACUGCGUGGUAUGUUUUUAGAUUGUGAAGGCAUUUCAGAAUUGAUUGCCUAACAUAGGAGCUGCUAAGAAGGAUCCUUGGGGCAGGGACUGCCUCAUGCAGUCCCAAACUGACUAUGGAGAACAAAUCAGUACUGCAGCAUAUCUGAGGACUGGUGCACCCAAAACAUGAGGAACUUAUUGCACAGCUUUGGCCUGAAGUGCUGUUGAACGCAUGAGACUGGGCUACUCCAGGCUAACUUUGCCAAAAAUGCCAGUUGGUUUUUAAAGCUAAAUCAUGUUAGUGCUUCACUGAUAUAGGAAUACUGGUAUAGCAUUACUGGCGACCUGCUUCUGGAGUGGACACGGAUGUACUGGUAUAGCUGUGUCUAACACUGGGGGCUUUUGCUAGCCCAGCUGUGGCUGUCAAAGAUCACGCCUGCUUGACUUGGCUGUAUCUGCAGCAAUCUGCAGUGUAGAUGCAGCCUAAGGACUGGGUCAGCUAAUGAUUUUGUAACUGGUUCUAUGGAAACUGUUCAGACCACAUGGAAGCCUCUUCUAGGCCAAGGCUCCAACUGCUGAUGAAACCAGUUUAGCUGAACUUGCUUUGAAACUAGUUAAUUCUUGAGGGGGAGCAGGGAAGGUAGGCGGACUUCCAGUGUUACCAAGCAUCUGGGACCCUGGCUAUAACCUGAAGAUAGUUCUGGUUAACAGUGGUUUACGAGACUAACCUAAAUGCUGCAGCAGGGUGGAAUUUCUAGAGUCACAUGCUUCAGUGUUCAGGUUUUCUUAAGCUGCCCCCAAGAUGUCAGUAAUCAACAGACUGGAAAGGGCCAGUCUCCAUUCUUACCUAAAGCACAUCGCUUCAAGUAGCUGUGAGUUGCUGCAUGAGUCUUUAAUAGCAGUUCUUCUGUAAGCUUUACAGUCUGUUCUACUGGAAUCUAGGUCUUGGGUAAGAAUCUGGGUUUUAAUUUGGUUCCUACAGAGCUUGAUUUCAUUCACAAGGGUUAAUUUUAAAGAGAAGCAGCUUUUUAACAUCAGUCUCACUCUGUUUAGACAAGAUCUGUGAGUGGCAUCCGGUUUUGCAAGGAUAGAGUAUUUUGCCAACUUUCUAGCCUCCAUAACAGAUUGUGUUUCACAAAGAAUAAUGGGGAGAUAUGGCUGAUGUGUGUUUAAAACAGUUAACCUUUGGUGAUAAUGCAGUAAUAGAUACAAUACAUCGAGUCUGGUAGCUGCUUUAUAACCGUAUGAGUUAUCAAGUUAAGCUGGCAGUUCAUCAAGCAAAGCAAUAUUACUUUGAGUAUAUGCUUGCUUUAUCAUGGCUUUAGUGUCAUGUGCAAAACAUGAGCAGCUAAUGCAACAGCCUUGACUGAGGGACAAAGUUCAGGUUUGUGUAUCUGCAAUAAAUGAAGUAGUUACAGGGAGACGCCAGACUUUAUUUUCAAGUUAUUGUAUACAUACAAUGGUAGACCAACCUUUCUGGUUUAUUACAGCUCAGACAUUGAAAUGAUUUGUCUCCACCUCUUGCUCAAGGAUAUAAAAGUGUUAAGCCUUUGUGAGGUAGAGUAUUGCGGCCGCUUACAGAUGGGUAAACUGAAGCACUGAGGUGACUUCACCAGGUCAGAGGCAGAGAGAGAACGUGGGAGCCAUGGUGUCCAGUUUCUGCUCCAACCGCUCCCCUCUAUGAUGUGGAAAAGCUUUCUGGCUAUUGGCUUGUGAGUGUAUAGUUGCUAAAACUCCAGCAUCUAGUGCUGCUGUGAUAACCGAUCCAGAUGAGAACGGGGUUCAUUUUUGACUGGGUCUUGCAGUGAUUGCUUUUGUGGGAGGUAGAGGUAUGUCUCAUCAGAGUGGUACAGCAGUAGAGGAGGGACAGAUGCAUUCUUCAGUCUUCUAAAUCGCACCAGCACAACAGGCUGCCUGCGUUGGAUCUCUCAUUUCCACUGGCUAGUUAAGGGAAAUAGACAUGGAUCUGUCUGCACCUUCCAAAUCUGCUUGUCAGUUGGGGAAAUAGUUGAAAUAUGGUUAGGUGAGUGGGAAGCACUACAGGGCUAGUCUCACGAGCUGAAGGCUAGUUUCUGAGUCCAAGUAUCUGUUCCCGUUUUCAAAAGACCAGCUUCCUAGAGGCUUCUGGAUUUCAAAUUGGACGGUAUGAAAUGAACUGAAACCAUUGAUCACAUGUCUGAAGUGUCCUUAACACAGCUGGAAGUGAAAUAACCCCUUUGGAGGCUUCUGGCUCGCAUUAAACUUGUGACCAAGGAUGAGAGAACUGGGGGAACUUCCCCAGAGUCUGCAGAGUUCCUGGGUUUUUAAAUCUCUGGAUCCCACUGGGCCCUAAUUGUGUCCUAAUGUGAGAUUAUCACUUUGCCCCCUUCAAGCCAAGUGGUGAAAUUCUCAACUCCGCAUUAUACUUUGACUCCCUUGCAGAAUCAGACAUCAGAGUAUUGUUCUCCAUUGUAAAGGUUACCUUUGCUAUCAGAUGAGCUAGACAAUUUAAAUCUAUGGAGGAACUCUCCUAUAUGCAUAUUAUAGGAGUUCAUAGAGCUAGUAAAGCAGAGAGCAUUGUGCUAGAUGCUAUAUAGUAAAGCAGGGAGCAUCUCCUGUAGAGCUUGCCAUCUUAAGACAAUGGGUACAUUGUUCAGAAGCACCAAGACAUAGGGCUUGUCUACACUACCGGCCAGAUGGAUGGGCAGUGAUCGAUCCAGCAGGGGUCGAUUUAUCAUGUCUAGUAUAGUCGCGAUAAAUCGAUUGCGCUAGCGUCGACUACGGUACUCCACCUCAAUGAGAAGCGCAAGGGGAAUCGACGGGAGAGCGUCUCACGCCGACUCACCGCAGUGAAGAUGUCGUGGUGAAGAGUACUGCUCUGUGGCCAAGAUGUGGCAGUCUGUGUCUGCCCUGUGUGUCCUGGUGACCCUCGUGAGUGCCCGCAGCGUCCCCUACUUUGCUCCCCUCUCGCACGAUCUGGUCAACUACAUCAACAAACUCAACACUACAUGGCAGGCUGGGCACAAUUUCCACAAUACCGACAUGAGUUAUGUGAAGAAACUGUGUGGUACAUUCCUGCAUGGGCCCAAACUGCCAGUGAGGGUUGAGUUUGCUGGAGAGAUGAACUUGCCGGACAGCUUUGACUCCCGGGACCAGUGGCCAAAUUGUCCAACCAUUAACGAGAUCAGAGACCAGGGCUCCUGUGGCUCUUGUUGGGCGUUUGGUGCGGUGGAGGCCAUUUCGGACAGAGUCUGCGUGCACACCAACAGCAAGGUCAACGUGGAAAUCUCGGCAGAAGAUCUGCUGUCUUGUUGUGGCUUCAAGUGUGGGAUGGGGUGUAAUGGCGGCUAUCCUUCUGGAGCGUGGGGGUACUGGACUGACGAAGGCCUGGUGUCUGGCGGGCUCUAUGACUCCCACAUAGGCUGCAGACCAUAUUCCAUCCCUCCAUGCGAGCACCACAUCAAUGGGUCACGGCCCCCAUGCACUGGGGAGCAAGGGGACACCCCCAGGUGCGACAAACACUGUGAAGCAGGCUACUCGCCUUCAUAUGAGAGUGACAAGCACUUCGGAGCUACGUCGUACAAUGUCCCUUCCAGUGAGAAGGAGAUAAUGGCAGAGAUCUACAAGAACGGCCCAGUAGAGGGAGCGUUUGCCGUGUACGAGGACUUCCUCAUGUACAAGUCAGGUGUUUACCAGCAUGUCUCCGGGGGAGAGGUUGGUGGCCAUGCUAUCAGAAUCCUUGGCUGGGGCGUAGAAAAUGGCACUCCCUACUGGCUGGCUGCGAACUCCUGGAACACUGACUGGGGUGACAAUGGUUUCUUUAAAAUCCUCCGAGGGCAGGACCACUGUGGAAUCGAAUCCGAGAUAGUGGCUGGCAUCCCCAAAACAGAACUGUACUGGAAGAGGAUCUAACUCCCUGGCUUGGGUGCAGCUGAAGAGAUCAAAUCACACCUCUGAUUCUUAUAACCAGGCGCAGGCUGGGCACAGAGCCUGCACUCUUGAGAUUAUGGUUGAAGCUAUGUAUUAAAGCCUUUUAUCUUGUUUAGUUGUGUGGUGGAGAUGAAGGAGGUGGUUUCUGUAUCCAUGCGCUAGCUGCCUUCUCUCCUGGAGCUCUCCGCUCCAAGCCAGUUUGUGUGGCAUCAGCCCCCACAAGCAUUCCCUUCUCAAAGGACGGAGCUAGUAGUGACAUUGCUAAUCUCUCACCACAGGAUGGGGGUGACUGAGACACUCUGGCCUUUACCUGCCUAAUUCAGUGAACCCUCUCGUCCAAGCGUGGGUGAAGCAAUCACUUCAUUUUGGAAACGCAACAGGACAGGCCAAAGUACGUGCAGGGUCAGGGAGGCUGGACUGGAUGACCUAGGGGGUCUCUUCCAUCUCUGACGUGAUGCAUGCUACUGCAGCAGCAGCCUUGCUGGUUGCUGUCCCCAAGUUUGACUUCAGCGCUGCAGCGUGCCCAGAGGCCUAGCUUCUCAGAAGUGGGUAUGUGCAAACCCUUGUCUGUACAUAGUGGACAUUGCACAUGCACUUUUGAAAACGUGUAAGUUUAUUUGCUAACCUUGUUUCCUGAGUGGAGGAGCCUCUUAAUGGCACAAUACUGACAGGGGCUGGCUCUAGAUGGAGUAGAACAAGGCUCUUCAACAGCUUAAGCUUUUCAUAAAUAUCUUCCUCUGCUGCUGUUUAGAUUUUUUUUAUUUUUGUGUAAACCACUUGGCUCCUCAACCAUUUAUUACAGCUCAGGGGUCUCGGGUCUGGUGGGUGAUGGGAUGUGAUCAACCAGCCUGUUACACUGGCACAUGGAUGCUAAGAACAUGUAACUGAACUAAAGUGACUGGUGUUCAGAUGAAGGCCAGUCUGGGCGUUGCAGAUAAAAUAAAUUGGGCAGGGUUGUGUCCUCUCUUCCAGGUAGCUGCUUAUCUCAAAGGGUGGGUCAGCAGAUGGGUUGAAAGCAGACUUUGGGCAGCAUGCAGCCUCUGCAAUGGGGAUUCUCUCCUAGGGUGCUUUAGUGACUGCAGAUUUGAAUUUAGGCUGGGUAGGGGAAUGCACACUACAGGGGCUAGACUUCUAAAGUGUACUAACAUAGAAAUGGAACUAGGUUAAAGUGCACAGGGGAACCUAGAGCAUGCAUCAGCAGGGUCUACAUAGACCAAUUAAUGCACAUGUUAAAACGCUUUAGAAAUCACACCCCCAUGGUGCUACUGGUUGGUGUGGGCAAGCUGUAAUUUACUUAGCUCACUUGCAGCUGGAGAUGACUGAUCUAGCUUUUUUGCACACAACCACCUUCAUUAGUUGAGUGUUUUUAAAUAGGGAAUCCUCUUACUGCAAACAUUUUAGCUGAAGAUAGGUGGGGAAAAGGAGACAUAUGUAGGAAGCACCAUUUGUGGGAGGUGAUGGCACUAACUCAGUUAACUGCUGUUAGUGUAACAAGCUGGAAUAGGGUGUUUAAAGUACAGGGCAGGUUUUGCUUACUGGAGAGAUGCCCUGCUCCUGCAGUGAGUAACACUGCAUCACCUGUGGUGUAGGAGACUUGCAUUUUGUUUAAAUGGGGACUCUUAACUUCUGUUGUAAUCACUUAUCCAAUAUUAACAUGGCUUCAGUGUAGCUGAAUGGAACAAUUGUGCCAAUAAAAGAUUUCUCUAA